AAUAAGGACGCACUUCAACUGCUAGAAAAAGUAUGGAAAGCUCGACAGGAAUUGGAUGGUCAAGAUCAUCCGAAUACUCUACUAACGAUGAGCACAAUUUCUGUCUGUUAUUUUCACCUUGGACAGAUUCAGAAGGCUUUGGCUCUUCAAGAAGACCUAUUAACGACCCAUAAAAGGAUUAUCGAGAAAGAGCACGCAAAUACCCUAGAUAUUAUGCUUAACGCCUCCUUUAUCUAUGCCAGCUUGGGAAAACAUCAGAAAGCUCUUGAAAUACAACAAGAUCUGGACGAACUUCUCAGGAGAAAAGUUGGUGAGGAACAUCCACUUACCCUUCUGAAUAUGAGUAGCUUGGGCCAUUCCUACUCAAACUUUCGAAGAUAUGAAGAGGCUCUCACCCUGCAGGAAAAAGCCUUAGCAACAAUGAAAGCAUUAUUUGGUGAAGAGCAUCCAACUACUCUUAUAU